CACCAAGUCACUCCGUCGCCAUAAUAUUACAUUCACGUGCUAAAGCUCUAAUGCCUUGUCCGCGAAGAUAUCUCUCACCCUCCGCCGCGCCUUCACAUACAGCCUCAAUCGCAAUCCCAACCCGUACAUGAACGCUAGAAGAACGCUGCAUUCCUCGUGCGCUAUGGCUGAGGUGAAGAAGACCACCCCGAAAAUGAGGCAGCGGGAUAUUGUCUCGAGCUUCUUGUGCGCGCCGCCAGAGGAGGAGGGGGGACAGCAUCGGUUCGUGCUGUUUAAGAGGAGUCAGGAAGUUUCUUCUUAUCGCGGCAAAUGGGCUGUCUGCUCUGGCACGAUCGAGCCCACAGACGCCAGCCCCCUCGCGGCCGCCUACCGCGAAAUCGCCGAAGAAACCCAACUCACCCCCCCCUCCAUCAGCCUCCUCCGCCGCGGCCGCCCCUUCACCCUCCGCGACGAAACCAUCAACACAGACUGGACCAUCCACCCCUUCGCCUUCCUCCUCGCCUCCCCCUCCACCCCCAUAACCAUAGACUUCGAACACACCGAGUACACCUUCGUGACGCCCUCCCAGCUCUCCGAGUACGACACCGUCCCCGCUCUCGCAGAUACGACCCUCCGCGUCCUCCCCGGCGCCGAAGUCGAAGACGCCCUCCGCACCCUCCGCAUGGACCACACCUCCGGCGCCACUGCCCUCGCCACCCUCGCGCUCCUUACCCUCCGCCGCGCCCUCCUCCCUCCUCUCUCCACCGCCCCAACCACAGCUGUGCAAUGGCGCGCAACCCGACUGCUCGCCUGGACACUCGCCAAGUCCGCGCGUCCCGCCAUGGCGCCCGCGAUCGAAGCCUCAAUCUUCGAAGCGCUCGAGCGGAUCGCGCUAUCUAUCGGCGGAGUGGGAAAGAGCGACGACUUCGAAAUGGCGCUCGAGGCGCUGUCGAUAGAGGUGUUUAGGGAGGUGGCUACGAAGGCGAUUGAGGACGUGAUGGAAGCGAGGGAGGAUGCAGUGGUGAAGCUCGCGUCGAACUUUACGGCGUGCGUGCAGCAUAGUCCGGGGUACCAGGCUGCGUUUACGGAGGAGAGGCCGGUGACGCUGGUUAUUCUGUCAGCGUCGGCGAGUGUGGCGGCCUGCGUGGCAGAUCUGGCGCGCGCGGCGGCUGCGACGAAAAUGAAGGUCAGGGCUUUGGUGUUGGAGUCGAGACCGAGGUUUGAGGGUGUUGAGAUCGCGAGGGCGGUGCUGGAUUUGGUGGUGAAGGUGGAGGUGCAGAUCUUGACGGAUGCGGGGGUGGGGCGGGCGGUGGGGGAGGCGGAUUUUGUGGUGCUUGGGGCGGAUAGGGUGACGGGGGAGGGGGAUGUGAGUAAUAAGACUGGGUCGCUUGCUGCGGCUGGGUUGGCGCCGACGGUGGGGAAUGGAUGUAAGGUUGUGGUUGUGUGUUGUGAGGAGAAGAUUAUGGGGGAUGAUGGGGGUGGGGAGGGGUUAGCGGAGACGGAUGGGGGAGAGGAGAAUGAGGCAUCAGAGGUGACAGCGGCGUGGCCGGCGAGGGCGAAGGAGGUUGGGGAGCUGGAGGGUGUUAAGGUGCGGAAUCCGUAUUUUGAGUGGGUGCCGAGUCGGUUUGUGGAUGUGUAUGUGACGGAGGCUGGGGAGGUGGGGGUUGAAGGGUUAAAGAAGGUGGCACGGGAGAGGGGAGAGUUGGAGGAGUGGUUAUUUGAUGGUUUAUAGAGUGGGUUAGAUAUACAUAUAACGUAGUUCACAGGCGAGUCGCCUA